GCAGCAGCUCACGGUCAUACACUGUUCUACUGGAUAAUUGACAACUAUGAGCGGCCUAGUAACACCCACCAAACGCAUCCUGCGACCUCUGCUGAACGUAGUGCUGGUGGACCCAUGUAUCCCACAGAACACCGGCGCCAUCUCAAGGCUCUGUGCGGCGACUAAGGUGCACAUGAUUAUUGCGGGCACCCCUAAAUUCAAGAUCAGCGACGCCAACCUGAAACGCGCGGGACUGGACUACUGGGAGCACCUCUCCUGGGAACUACAACCAGACAAGGAAGCCUUCUUCAAGUCUUUGGACCCUGGGCGCGUGCACAUAUUGACUUCCAAGACAGACACUCCGUACACUCACAUGAAGCCGAUCACCGGCGACUAUCUCUUUUUUGGAAGCGAGGUGACGGGAGUGCCGGCGCAUUGGAGGGAAACGCACCCCGAUCGAUGCUUUACGUUGCCGAUGUUCUCGGACCACGUGCGAUGCCUAAACCUGGCCAACACCGUGGCCGUGUCCGUAUACGACGGAUUGCGCCAAUUAGAAGCCUUCUAAUAUGUGAGACAAAGGGUCGAACUUAUCCUCUAGCCCACACCGUCCUAGCGGUGUACGAUGGUUUAUGCUCUGAGUUAGAAGCAUUGUACUGUGUGAGGGUUAGAGUGGCCUUGAAGAUCUACACCACACUGUAGCCCUAGCAGUGUACGACGGGUCGCCCUAAUUCGUCGCCUUUUAAUAUGCGGGACAGAUAGUGGCCUUAAACCGGGCCAGCACCGUACGUCUAACGGUGCAUGGCGUUUUACGCCAGUAUUAUACGUUCAACGCUGUGGGGAAGAGUGUCUUGGGGUGCGUCACGAUAAGUGAGAGUUCAGAUGCUUGGUAUGACGAACAGCUCAGGGUUUAGGUUUUCAACUAUCAGACCACGUGGGGCAUAGGCGAUAAUUACUACGGAUACACUGACACGGUGCAAU